UUCUUCUCUUAUUCACGCUACACACCGAGAGGGCGGCGCUCUUAAUUCUAACACAUCGUGAACGAGAUUUUUUCAGUUGUGCACUGACUACGGUGCCUGGACCAUGUCAAACCCCCGCCCCGCGCCAGAUGCCACCAAAGUAUGGACGACCCUCAUAACGAAUACCGCAUACCUGUCCGGCCUCUUAACGCUCGAGUACUCGCUCCGGAAAGUCGGGUCAAAGUACCCCCUCGUCGCGCUCUACACAGACACAUUCCCGGAAGAGGGGCAUGCGGCUCUGGACGCUCGGGGGAUCUUGAAGAAACGAGUGCCGUAUCUCCUACCGUCUGUUCCCAAGGACUACACAAAUGAUACCCGCUUCUACGACUGCUGGAGCAAACUCACGCCGUUUUCCCUCAUCGAGUAUGAGCGCGUGGUUCAACUCGACAGCGAUAUGUUGGUUCUUCGGAACAUGGAUGAGUUGAUGGAACUCGAAUUGGACGCGCCGAGUAUCGAGGGGGCAGGAAAUAGGGUCUUUGCGGCUAGCCACGCUUGCGUGUGCAAUCCGCUCAAGAAACCUCACUAUCCAAAAGACUGGAUACCAGAAAACUGCGCUUAUACAUCCCAACACAAUACUCCAGAGGUCGCCCAAGCAGAGGGCGCGUCGCCUACUUUCGGACUCGGUAUACCGAACGGAGGUCUCCAGGUAGUGAAUCCGUCCAAAGGAACAUAUGACAAAAUAGUAGCGCAAUUAGGGAGUACUGCAACCACCGACUACGAUUUUGCCGAUCAGUCCCUGCUAUCUGAUGUGUUUUACGGGCGGUGGAUUGCACUGCCGUACAUAUAUAAUGCCUUGAAGACUUUGCGACGAAAAAGUGUACACGACGCUAUCUGGCAGGACGAAAGUGUCAAGAAUGUGCACUAUAUUCUCAGUCCUAAGCCGUGGGAUGAUGUAGACGAAAAGGAUCCGUCGAAGCCGGGAUAUGAUGCCUCGCACGAUUGGUGGAGGAACUUGAAUAAGGAACGGCUGGAAGACGAGAAACGACAAGGUAUUAACGAUCACUUUUGA